CCCCCGCCAUGUUGUCCUGCGCCAAGUUCGUCUCCGCUCCCGCGCUCGUGCGGACGAGCUCGCGGCUGCUGAGCCGGCCCCUCGCAGCCUCCGCGCGGAGCGGCCCCGACGCCCGGACGGAGCAGAGCCCGCCGGGCUGCCGGAGCAUCCGGAGCAGCGCCGCAUGCCGGGACAUUGACACGGCCGCCAAGUUCAUCGGCGCCGGCGCCGCCACCGUGGGGGUGGCUGGAUCCGGCGCCGGCAUCGGCACCGUCUUCGGCAGCCUCAUUAUCGGCUAUGCCAGGAAUCCGUCCCUGAAACAGCAGCUUUUCUCCUACGCCAUCCUGGGCUUCGCCCUCUCCGAAGCCAUGGGGCUCUUCUGCCUCAUGGUGGCCUUCCUCAUCCUCUUCGCCAUGUGAGGGAGCCAGCGGCCACGCGCUGUCCCGACGGAGCCAGGAAUGCCAGCCGGGAGCAGAGAGCUCCACUCCGGAGCCCAUCGUCCCGCUGGCAGGAAGGGAAUAAAAACAGUUUGAGAAUGGG